GGGUUUGUCGGGCUCGGUUGCCCGCAUCAUGACAGACGAUAUUUAAUGUAAUGUGUGUAUUGUAUAAUAUCAUUAUCUUUCUAUUCAUCUAUUCAUCUUCUCAUUACUGAAAGCUCCAGUGGUUGUUCCUCUCGUCGCCUCUGCCACAUCCUCGGCUUGUCCCCGCCUCCUGCUGCGUCCUCUUAUUAAUCGCCUCCGCUCUUCCUGAUCAACAUAUCCCAGUUGUAGAUCUAAACAUCGAGGCGUCGAGGCUUCCGGUUACCUCUUCUGGGAGGGCAGUUGUUUGCGAGGAGCCCUUCUUGCCACUGGCCCCCCAUGGAGAUCUCCGUAGGUGUCAAAGCCCUCCGACGAUUUUCCAUACGGUGCAAUUGCUGCUUUUCCUGAAAGUUGAGCACGGACUUCACUUAAAGGCUCUCCCUUGCUGAGGUGAAAGUGACGAGAUGAUGAACCCAAAGAGCCAGGUUGCGGUUAUCCCAUUUCCCUUCACCAGCCACCUAUUGCCCCUCGUCAACCUCGUCUAUGACAUUGCCGCUACCAUCACUUGGGAAGAGGAAACUACAAAGGAACUGAAAUCCCAAAUGGUAGAAGCAUUGGAGCCCUUCCUGGAGGUGGCUGUGGCUAGCUUCGAAGAUGCGAUCAACGCUGCAGUGAAGGAGAAUGGAGUGAGGGUGAGCUGUCUCCUUAUAGAUGGCCUCAUGGCGUUCUCAUGCAAGAUCGCGGAGAAGUUGCAAGCCAAGUGGGUCGCCGUGUGGGUACCGACACCAUCAAUUUUACCGGCUUACAUUUAUAGAGAUCUCAUUGUCCCUCUAUUAAAAGAAAUGGAAGGAGAGGCGAGCUGUGUGGACAUAUCACAAAAGAUCAAGGACUUGGUUCCCGGAUUCUCCACAAUACACUUUGCUGAUUUAACUAAUCGAUUGCGUACACUGGAUCCUGCACCAUCAACAUACUUUCGCAUGCUGCGUGAUGAGGUUGGGCAUCUAUUGCCAUGCGCUGAUGCAAUAGUAAUGAAUUCCUAUGAGGAACUGAGCCCUGCUCCUCUUACCUCCGCCCUCAGGUCCAGCUUCCGUCUGCUACUUCAUGUGGGUUGUUUGACCGUAAGAAUUCCACCAUCACUUCCUGCUUCGUCAAGAUUGGACCAGACCGGCUGCUUGGAGUUGUUAGAUAAACAGAAGCCACGGUCCGCGGUCUACAUAAGUUUUGGGACACUAACAUCAUUGACACCGGAAGAGAUGUCCACGCUAUCUGAAGCACUCGAAGAGAAUAGAACUCCUUACAUAUGGUCAAUCAAGGACCACUUAAAGGUGCACCUGCCACUAGGUUUUGUAGAGAGGACAAGCUCAUAUGGGAAAGUUGUUCCCUGGGCACCGCAAAGCCAAGUCCUCUCGCAUCCAUCAAUCGGUGCACAUAUAACACAUUGUGGGUACAAUGCAGUGUUUGAGAGUAUUGUUGGUGAGGUUCCCAUGAUAUGCAAACCCAUGUGGGCCGAUAACAUGAUUAAUGCAAGAAUGGUGGAGGAUGCGUGGGGAAUCGGGGUGAGAGUUGUGGGUCCUAUAAUCACCAAGGAUGAGAUGCUUACGUGCCUGAAGAUGGUGUUAGGAGAUGAAGAAAGAGGAAAGGAACUAAAGGCAAAAAUUAAGGCUGUGAAGGAGGUGUUAAUGGAGGCCGUUGGUCCAAAUGGGAGUACUUCGAAAGAUUUCAAGAGUUUGGUGGAGCUAAUCUCUACCGAGUGAAGCAGAUUUAAUAUCUUUGUGAACCAGCCUUGCGUAUUCGACAGCACUUAAUUUUCUAAUUUGUUUAAUAAAUGGGGCAAUGCCCUCCCUAAGUGUAUCAACAACUUUCUUGUUUUACCGACAUAGGUUGGUUCGAACAGUUCGACGCUUGUUUUCUAGAAGUAAGGUCUCAGGUUUGAGUCUUGUGAAUGAAGAAAAUCCAUACUGGAGAGCUUUACCUUGUAGUGGUCGACCGGCUCGAUCUGGAUUAGUCGGAGUCUGUUGAGUUUUCGAAUGUCAGAGUACAAAAAAAAAAGGUACUUUGUUGUUUAUCUCAUUAAGUGACGACAUCCCUUUAGAUUGUAAGCAGGCAAUCAGAGGUGUAUGCUAAA